CAUUGGCCGAUGACUCGCAGUUGAACGCUGCCUACAGACUGCGCCUGCGCUGCGAGGCUCCGCGCGGCUCCGCGCGGCUCCGCGCGGCCCCGCCCGGCCUGGGCACCUGAAGCCCUUCGGCGCGGAGGAGGGCGGGGACUCGGGGCGACUCUCAGCAUCAGCCUGGAGCCGGUGGCUCUGUUUGGGCGCUGUGGAGUCGCCUAGUCCGCCUCCUCCCCGCGGAAAUGCACAAUUUUGAGGAAGAGUUAACUUGUCCCAUAUGUUACAGUAUUUUUGAAGAUCCUCGUGUACUGCCAUGCUCUCAUACAUUUUGUAGAAAUUGUUUGGAAAACAUUCUUCAGGCAUCUGGUAACUUUUACAUAUGGAGACCUUUACGAAUUCCACUCAAGUGCCCUAAUUGCAGAAGUAUUAUUGAAAUUGCUCCAACUGGUAUUGAAUCUUUACCUGUUAAUUUUGCAUUAAGGGCUAUUAUUGAAAAAUACCAGCAAGAAGACCAUCCAGAUAUUGUCACCUGCCCUGAACAUUACAGGCAACCAUUAAAUGUUUACUGUCUACUAGACAAAAAAUUAGUUUGUGGUCAUUGCCUUACCAUAGGUCAACAUCAUGGUCAUCCUAUAGAUGACCUUCAAAGUGCCUAUUUCAAAGAAAAGGACACUCCUCAAAAACUGCUUGAACAGUUGACUGACACACACUGGACAGAUCUUACCCAUCUUAUUGAAAAGCUGGAAGAACAAAAAUCUCAUUCUGAGAAAAUGGUCCAAGGCGAUAAGGAAGUUGUUCUCCAGUAUUUUAAGGAGCUUAAUGAUACAUUAGAACAGAAAAAAAAAAGUUUCCUAACAGCUCUCUGUGAUGUUGGCAAUCUAAUUAAUCAAGAAUAUACUCCACAAAUUGAAAGAAUGAAGGAAAUGAGAGAGCAGCAGCUUGAAUUAAUGACACUGACAACAUCUUUACAAGAAGAGUCUCCACUUAAAUUUCUUGAAAAAGUUGAUGAUGUACGCCAGCGUGUAGAGAUCUUGAAACAAAGACCACUUCCUGAGGUUCAACCUGUUGAGAUUUAUCCUCGAGUAAGCAAAAUAUUGAAAGAAGAAUGGAGCAGAACAGAAAUUGGACAAAUUAAGAAUGUUCUCAUUCCCAAAAUGAAAAUUUCUCCAAAAAGAAUGCCAUGUUCCUGGUCUGAUAAGGAUGAAAGGGAAAUUGAAUUUUUUAAAAUUUUAAACAUUGUUGUAGUUACAUUAAUUUCAGUGAUACUGAUGUCAAUACUCUUUUUCAACCAACACAUCAUAACCUUUUUAAAUGAAAUCACUUUAAUAUGGUUUUCUGAAGCCUCUCUAUCUGUUUACCAAAGUUUAUCUAACAAUCUGCAUGAGGUAAAGAAUAUAUUGUAUCACAUUUUCUAUUUGUUGAUGGAAUUCAUGUGGAAAAUAGUUUCUCAUUGAAAACGUUAACCUGAAUUGUUUAAAUGGGCUCAUUCUGUACAUUGCUAAAUGAAAAAUAGGGUGGCAGCAUGAAUAAAUAGCAAACUAAGCUUUAUUAGUGCUGCGACUAAUAUAAACAAAGUUUAUAUUUGUUGCUUUUGGUUAGGAAUAUGUCAAAGUUAGAAAUAUCUGAAAUAUUCAAAUCUUUGGGAAAAUCUAGUAACUAAUUUGAAAAUUAAUACACUAUCCCAUUUUUAUUGGCUUUAUGAAGGUUGACAUAAUGUUGCUGUGACAUUUAAACAUUCUUGUACCAAUAUUGUCUUUUACCAUUAUUAUAUACUGCAGUUAAUUGGCUUUACAGUUCUUUAUAUAUAUAGCAAAAUCCUGAAAGUACGUAUACCUUUAUUUUGAUAUGGCUUGAAGCUUUUGAAUGGGUGAAUAGGAUGAUAGAAAGGUUUUAAAAUCAAGCAACAAAAUCUUAAAGUGAUAAGGCAUUGCUUAAAGAUCUUUUGAUCAAACAUACCUGUGUUUUAGAUAGAUUUAAGAGCCCUAAAUGUUUAUCACCAUUCACUCCAAAUAAAGCUAUUGCUUUUGGAUAACUGUUCGGGAACGGUGGCUUUUUUUUUUUUUU